CUCUUUUGAUCUCAGUCACUUGUUUUCAACUACAGUCACUCAUUAACAACUUAAUUGCGAUCUCAAGUUCUUACCUAAUUUUUCCCGUUCAAGCUCCUUUGGUUCAUCAACAUGAAGUUCUCUACCAUGGGCCUGAUGGCCGGCCUUGCUACCUCUGCUGUAGCAGAAGAUCUUCUCUUCGUCGACACCUUCAAGUUCGAUGAAUACUUGGAAGCAACAACCACUCUUGGAUACACAGCUAAGGUGGUCACUGAAGCUGAAUGGGCUGGCAUGACCACAGCCGACUUUGCUGCCUAUAAGGCCAUCGUUAUUGCUGACCCAACUUGUGCAACUGACCCAACUGACAUUACCUUCUUGCACGAUACCAACACGGUCUGGGGUCCAGCCGUUCAGGGUAACAUUGUCUUGAUCGGAACCGAUCCCUCUUACCAUGAUAAUGCUGGAGAAGCCGGAGCCGUCACCCUGAUCGACAACGCCAUCCGAUUCGCCGCAUCAGGCAAGACCUCAACUGGACAAUCCCAAACCGGUCUCUACUUCGCCCUCUCCUGCUACUACGACUCCGUCGACACCGCAACCGUAGACGCCCUCUCCUACUUCGGUGACUUUGAAGUCCGCGGUAACCUCGACUGCUACAACAAAGUCCACAUCGUCGCUUCCUCCCCAGCUCUCGGCACGCUCGAUGAUGCUGCCCUCUCAGAUUGGAGCUGCAGUGUCCACGAAGCCUUCUCCGUCUACCCAUCCGUUGGAGUCAACGGUUUCCAGGCCUUGGCCAUCGCUCAAGACAUCAUUGGUGUCGGCUCCCAGACCUUCGGUGACGGAACCAUCGGACUUCCCUACAUCAUCAGCCGCGGCGCCACACCAGCUGGUUGCGGAAACGGUGUCUGGGAGAAGGCAUUUGGCGAGGAAUGCGAUGAUGGAAAGAACAACGGUGUUGGGGAUGAUGCUUGCUCCAUCAGCUGCAAGUGUCUCUCUGGUCGUCCGGCUGGUGAUGGAACUUGUCUUCCUCCUCUUGGCGGCUCCUCUUCUUCGUCCACCAAGCCGACCUCAACUCCUUAUGGUAACUACUCCACAAAGGUGGUGACUGCCACUACAGGGUCGACAACAACGUUCUGCCCUGGCCCAUAUGUGACCCCAACUCCUCCCGAAGUCUACAUCAUCGGUGUUGAAGUCAUCAUUGUCAUCGAGAUCAUCGAGAACUGCAAGACCAUCGACUUGACCGAGACAAUCACCGAGUACAUCACAUCAACUUGCUCCUCCAUCAACAAGCCAAUCUGGAACACCGACAUGCCCGGCUACCCCUGCUACUCGUGUGCGCUCUCCAGCGCGGGCGUCACCUACAAGGACUUCAUUACAGCCUCCGUGACAUCCUGCCACUCGCCUCCUCCUACCUACACCUCUUCGCCACCCGUCGUCGUGCCCUGCAAGACCUGCCUUCCUUACACUCUGUCGACUUGCCCCGCGUACACGGAAGUUGCGACCGAGUACUACGUUACGGCGACGGCUGCGAGCUCGCAUGUCCAUGCUGCUGAGACCGUAUACCCGACAACGUCGAUCAAGUACUUGCCCAGCGCAAGCCCGACAAGCAAGGGCUACCCCACGAGCAUGAACAAUGGGACGCUGGUUACGUAUACCGGAGCUGCUGGGAGGCUUGAGAUGGGCUUGUUCGCCGUUGUUGCAGCGGUUCUGGCUGCUGCCGUUGGUUUGUAGAUGAUUUGUGGGAGCGGAUAAUGAGACGGAGUAGGAUAAUGCAUUUGCAACGAAGGUUGCAUGAAUUGGAAAGCGAAAUAGGAUCAAGGACUUCAUUAUUCAUGUGCGCUUUGCGGUGACCUCCUCGCUCGAGGGGUGACUUGCAUUAUAUAAUUACAACCAGCAGAGAAUUCAGGUUCCUUCAAUCGAGCUUCCGUUCUCC